GUGGACCAGGGAAGGAACACAUUAAAGCCCGGAGUUUUGGUAUAAAUAAGCGAACUGGAAACGGAUAGACACAGAAAACAACGGCCGGGCACCAGUAGGUGUAGUAGCAAGGAAUACCUCUUGUGCAGUAUUUGAAAAAAAAACGCAUUUCCCCCCCCAAAAGUCUCCAAGAUCUAAAAGGUUCCGAGAUGAAAGCUGUCAGCCCGAUCCGUUCGAGCAGGAAACAAAGCAGCGGCGACAUUGCGCGGGGCCUGUCAGAGCAGAGCCUUGCAAUCUCCAGAGGCAAAGCGCCGCUGGACGAGCCGCUUGGCCUGCUCUACAACAUGAACGACUGUUACUCCAAACUGAAGGAGCUGGUGCCCAGCAUCCCGCAGAACAAGAAAGUCAGCAAAAUGGAAAUCCUCCAGCAUGUCAUCGAUUACAUUCUGGAUCUGCAGAUCGCUUUGGACACGCACCCCUCUUCCAUCGUUCUCCAUCAAAGCCAGAACUCCCCCUCCAGAACGCCCCUGUCAGCACUCAACACAGACGUUGCCAUCCUAUCUUUACAGGCAUCUGAAUUCCCCAAACAGUUGUUGACGGACGACAGUAAGACGUUUUGUCGUUGAUCAACUGGUGUUCGCACAUCACGAGGCCUGAGCUGAUGUAGCCCCUGGAGCGAUCGCAGCCAAGUGACCCAACAACAAUCAUUGACUGAAUGACUUUCUGAGUGAUCCUCCAGCUCCCUUUCACCCGGUCUGAUCGGUUAUUUAUAAACGGACUGAAUGCCCUUUCUUCAUUUGGAAGGGUCGCAGUUGUUUUUUUUUCCUAGUUUCAUUAUUAAUAUAUCCCAGAUGAGGGAAGCGCGCACAUACACAUACAUACGCACAAACACACAAACACACACACACACACACACAAGGACUAUCGCCGAUGGAAGAAGACUUCAUCUUGUGAAGGUGGAGCGUGGCCAGAAAGAGAUCUAUCUACUUGUUGAUUUAAAAGAAACCAUUUUGCCAGGUUUUGUUCUGGCAAAGAACUGGCGCUGAGUUUGUAAGAUAUACAACCUUGUGAACUCUGAUCAGAGUAUUGUGUAUAGUAGCAGAGAUGUGCAUUUCUGCGACGUUGUAAUGCUGUACUUAAUUAUGCUGAAACUUUUUAUAAAAGUUAAUAUUGUAAAUCGUACUUUUUAUACAAAAUAAAUCGUUGCUUACUGAAUGUGAAAUUA